GAGAGGAGAGCAGAAGCCCCGCCCCCCUCCUCGACCCUCCCACUCGGUGGAUUUCCGCUUCCUUCCGGCUGUCUCGCUUCGCCCGGGCAGGAUCGACGCCGGAUCUCUCGGGAGAGGCUUCUGGAUCCCGUUCCGGGCAGGUCUGGCUGCUCUCCUCCCUCCGGCCUUUGGGGCGCCCCUCCCGCCAGGACAGCUUCCCCCCCCCUCGCCAGGAGAAAGCAGGAAAACAACUCUGACCAAAGAUUCACCUGCAAGUCAACUAUCAACAGAUAACAGAAAAUCAGCCCAAGGCAGCCAGUGCCAGAAAGGAUGGAGCCUGGGAAACUCUUGGAUCCCCUGUGAGACACAAGCAGCACUCCGGAAAACCACAAGAGAACCCAUGAAUGCUCAGAGUGUGGGAAAUCCUUUGCUUGCCAGUCCCUCCUUUUGACCCACAGGAAGUUCCAUGUGGGAAGAGGAUCCAGUGAAGGUUUGCAGGGUGAGAAAUUCUCCUCUGGAAAAGACAUGAAAAAUUUCAGAAGCCCCUCCAGACUAAAGCCCUAUAAAUGUGAGGAAUGUGACUUAUGCUUUGGUCAAAAGUCACACCUUCUUAGACAUCAGAAAAUCCACACUGGAGAGAAACCCUAUCAGUGUCUGGAAUGUGGGAAAUUUUUCCGUGAAAAAGGCCAACUGGGAAACCAUGAGAGAAUUCACACAGGGGAGAAACCUUACAAGUGUUGGGAAUGUGGGAGGAGCUUUUCUUGGAAGGCAAAUCUUUGGGCCCAUGAGAAGGUUCAUGCAGGAAUAAAAUCUUACAAAUGCUUUGAGUGUGGAAAAGGUUUCACCCAGAAUUCAACUCUUUGGAAUCAUGCGAAAACACACAGAGGGGAGAAAAACGAAAAGUGUCUCGAAUGUGGGAAAUGUUUUAUCUUGAAAUCAAACCUAGUGCAACAUCAGAGAAAUCACACCGGAGAGAGACCCUAUGAAUGCCCAGAAUGUGGGAGACGAUUUAUGUUUCCUUGUCUACUUCAGAGACACCAGAAGAGGCACAAAGGGGAGAAACCCUAUGAAUGUGGGGAAUGUGGGAAAGGUUUUCUUACACAAAGAGAGCUUCAGCUUCACGAAAGAAUCCACACAGGGGAAAAACCAUACAAAUGUGGGGAGUGUGGGAAAUGCUUUUCCCUAAAACACAACCUUGGAAGACAUGAGAGGCUCCACACAGGAGAGAAGCCAUACAGAUGCCUAGAAUGUGGGAAAUGUUUUGCUCGAAACGGAACUCUUUGGACACAUCAUAAAAUCCACACAGGUGAGAAACCAUAUCAAUGCAUCGAAUGUGGACAAUUUUAUUCGACCACAUCAGACCUCAGAAGUCAUGUAAAAACUCACACAGGGGAAAGAAAUUACAAAUGUUUAGACUGUGGGAGAACAUUUGCUCAUUCAUAUUCCCUUAGAAACCACAGCCGAAUCCAUACAGGAGAGAAGCCCCAUAAAUGUUCGGAGUGCGAUAAAUGUUUUUCUAAAAAAAAUACUCUUGUGAUACAUCAGAGAAUCCACACUGGAGAGAAACCAUAUAAAUGUCCAGAGCGUGGGCAAUGUUUUGCCCGAACUUCAUCACUUUGAAAGCACACCAGAAGUCACACAGGGGAGUCGCCUUACAAGUGUGCAGAGUGAGAGAAAACUUUUCAUAGUAAAUCUCAGGUUAAAAGGCAUCAGAAAGUCCAUAGUAGAGAUAAACCUCUUCAGUUGUGAGGAAUGUGGAAAACAUUUUUUGAAACGUCACAUCUUAUAAUUCACCAGGAACUUCACACAGUCCCAGAAGGGAAAUCCUACAGUUUUUUGGUGUGGGGAAACCUUCACAAUCAGGAAACCAGCAUGUUAAUUUUUUGUCAAAGUUUCUUGUGCUUUUUGUACACCAAAGCGUCCGCACAGGAGAGGUUCCACAAAUGCAUCAGCAGAAACCAAAAUUUUAUUUCUGAUUUUUUUUUACUUUUCACUUUGGAGAUUAAGAUUUUGGGGCCCAGAAGAGAAGAAGGAAUCUCAGUUUAGAUGCCUCAGAUAAUAUGAGGUGAUGGAAAUUGCCUUGUGAUUCCGUUGCACCUAAAAUGACAGGAAUAUCCUAUUUUUCUCUUGAAUGUGUAUUUACCUCCCAGCCAGCCCAGAGCCCAAGGACCUCCUGGUGGUCUCCCAUCCAGCACUGCGGAGCUUUCCUAGAGUGGCCAAGGCUGGCCAGGUGUGGCCUCUUAGCUGAGACAAUGAAAGGGAGGGUCUCUCUCUGGGUCUGGCAAGAUGGGGUUAAGGCAAGUCAGGAGCCCAGUUCAAAGUCAGGAGCUUCUCAGAGAAAAACUGCAAAGAGGGAAAGGGUUUGUGCUAAGUGACUGAGAGUCUUUUUGGAGUUGGGCAGGAUUAACAAAUUCAGGAAAUAAAUAGAAACAUGGAAUAAAUAUCCUGCAGCACAGCAGACAGAUGCCUGGGGAAAAGAAAAACAUUUGCUGAUAAUUUUGUAGUAAUUUUGGAAAACUUUUUUUAAGGAACAAAAAUAUUAAUGGAAAAAUUAAUAUUUUUGUUUUGGUCAUUAGCUGGUUUUAAAAUGAAUAGCUGAAAGACAAAGAUAGCAAAGUAAACAUGAAAACGGGAGAGCAAAUAGAUUGGAUGGGAAAAUUAUGUUAAUUAUGUUAAGGCGUGGGAUGAAAUCAAGAAGGAUGUGUUAAGAUGUGGACAUUACAACUGUUGUUAGGGAGAAUUUCUGUGAUUAAAAAUGAAUGUAUUACCUACUUUCAUGAUGUUUCUGUUUUAUGCAACACCUCUCUAAAUAAUAGAUGCACCCCUUAAGCCAGGGGUGUCAAACCUAUGGCACGGUUGCCAUCGCCCCAGCCCUACGCCUUCAGCUGGGUUUUAUAAAACUUUUUCACUUUAGGCCUCCAUCGCCGUAUGGA